UUGCAAGGGAAUGUGGGGCCAAGCAUCCUGAAACUCUGUCAUCAACCAAGUUGAGAAAGCACAUUUCCACACUGUCCACUGUGCUUAACUUGAAAGAUAAUGAGAUGGACAUACUUGCAAAUUUUCUUGGCCAUGACAUCCGGGUCCAUAGGCAGUACUAUAGACUACCUGAAGGAACAAUGCAGCUGGCUAAAGUCAGCAAAGUGCUGAUUGCCCUAGAACAGGGCCGACUGUCAGACUUCAAGGGAAUGAGCCUGGACCAAAUCCAAAUCGAUCCUGAAGAGGAAGUGCCAGAGGCUAUGGAAAGCGAUCUCUCAGAGACAGAGGCACAAGAGUCAUCUGUGAGCUCUAGGUCAUCAGGCUCUUCAAGAUCUAAAAAAAGACUAAUGACUGAUGAGUCUGAUGAUGACAUUGCACCCACAGCAUCUUCAACACCUAAGAGAAGAAUGCAAGAUGUUGAAUCUGACAGUGAUGACCCUAAAACCGGAACCUCAAGCUCCAACAGAGAACAGCAGCCCUUUGAUGAUCCUGGCAGUGUUGAACCUGCUACCACAGGACCCUCAACAUCAAAAAUAAGAAAGGAAACUGAGUCUGACAGUGGGAACCUUAAAAAAGAAACCGCAAAGAGGAAUUGGUUGUUGGCAGAGGUCCACGCUGUGGAAAAGACACUAAUGGCCUUCAUAGAAUGUGGUAAAGUACCAGGGAAGUCGGAUUGUGUUGCCUGCAUUAAGGCUUCACCUGAAGCACUUACAAAAAGAACAUGGACGGCAGUAAAGUUUUAUGUUAAAAAUCGUAUCACUGCCAUUCAGCGUGAAAGUGCAAGAAGACGUUAAAGACAUUGGCUGUGCUGUAAAACGUAACACUUGGGUAAUUCAGUUUCUCACUCAUACACAUAGGUUGAAUAACCGCAUUAAGACUCUACUGAAAGUAAAAAAAUGUCAUCUAGCUCCAAAAGGAAAAUAAGUGCUAACAUUUUCAGACUUCUGUUUUCAUAAAAUCCCAAUGUGUUUUGCUGAGCCUUUUCUAACUGUAAGUAAUAGGAGAAACUGUUCUCACACGUGCUCGUUGCAAAUUAAGACCUGGCCCCAUCUAACCUGUCUUCUCGGUUGAAAAUUGGUGGAGAAAAGUUUAAGUCUUUUCCCAGUUAUAUUGUUA